AUGACGGACUUGGAAUGGGAGGCUUUUGUUGCACAAAAAACAACUCUAGAUGCAGUGGCAAAGCGCCAAAAGUGUUCAAAUUAUGCAAAGAAGAAAAAACAUACUCAUCGGCUAGGUCCCGAGACUUAUGAAGAAAAGAGGAAGAGAUGGAAAGAAAAAGGAUUAUACCCCAACGGUGGCAACACCCGUGCCAAUGAUUGGUGGUGUUCGAUGCAUAGUCUCGACAAAAAUGGGAAAUAUGUAAUUGUUAAUCCCGAAACAAAAGAGGCUUGUGAUAAACUAGUUGAAUAUCAACAAGCAUGUGCCGAAGGCAAGGUUUCUUCAGUUUUAAACAAGGAUCCCUUGUACAUGACUCUUGGACCUGACCCUUCCGGGCAUCCAAGAGGUUUCGGAGGGGUACGUGUUGGCUUGAAAAAGGCGUAUGGUGAAGAAUAUCGCAAGCCCACCAACUCAAACUUCAGUGCAUCUUCAACAGCUUCAGAUACAGCUUCGAUGAGAGAAGAACUGAAGAAGGAGAUAACUGAGGCAAUCCUACAACAGAUGGGCCUACAAAGCUUGGAGUUGCCCCGCCGUAGCCCUUUGGAUUCAUCAAGCCAACCAAUUCUUGACCUUCAACCACCUAAUGAAGGUCAAGAACCUACUGGAUUUCAACCACCUGCUAGAGUUCAGCCGUCUACUGGAGUUCAACCAAUGCUUGAAGUUCAACCAAUGCUUGGAGUUCAACCAAUGCUUGAAUUAAAGGAGGAGACGCCUUGCGAACUACUACACCCGGGACAAUCAAAUGGUGAUAAAUUGUAUGUGGUGGCCGAUGCGAAUGCACAACCACAAAGUGACCGACCACUAGUCCACUUCAAGCAAGUCCCGAGUGGUUAUUAUGCGGUCAGCCCAUACAAUGUUCAUGAAGACUAUUUGGAUUGGAUACUUCCGGUGCCCAACAAUUUCCUCCAUACUUUGGCCGAUGCCUCCGGUUCUUAUGUACUAUGGCCAUUUGCAUGGGUGAAGUUUUCAGACGAGAUCAUCAAGAAACUAAAAGCGCCACCAAUGAAAGCUAAACAAAAGAAACCACCAACUCAAGCUAGCAAAGAUGGUCAACGAUCAAUGGAGUUGAUUGCAAAAGGAAGUUCACAAGGCAAGAGUCAAAACUCCAAACUUAAAUCAUCGAAAGGUCCAGUUUCUCAUGCAAAUUUACUUGUGGAAUCAAAUGUUUUUGACUCUCUUAGUAAGCCGUGCAAAUGGUUGCAUAGUCUUGUUAGUGAGUUACCGGAUGGUAAUGCUAUUGGAGUUCAGAUGGACAUGUCUCUUCAGUUCGAUGAUUUUAGUUCGGAUAGUCAUAUUGGGUGGUCGGAUCCACAAUCAAUAAGUGGUGCUAGUUUCAUGAACAAUCGAGCCGAAAGUGUUGAUGAAAAUGAAUGUCAAAAAAAGCGCACUUCCUCAAUGGAAAUCAGUUAA